AUGCUGUUAGACCUCAUCUUGAUAUACUUCACAGUCGUAUUAGGAUGUUUUUUGUCAACUGUCGCUCUCAUACUUACAGGAAAAUCCUGGAAUAAACUGCCUUUUAUAUACUUGCAACUUAUAAGAAAACUUCAAAACCUAUUUCCUCCCAAUUAUCCUAAAGAUGUAGCUGGUGAAGCCUGGCCUUCAAUAAUUCAUAGAGAUGAGAAAGAUCGACUUGUAAAGCCAACUACUUCUUUGCCACCGAGGUUUGAGUUUACUUCUGAUACCGCAGGUCCGUGGGCGAUGGCUGGAGAUGCUAUCAGAUCUGGAGUAGAAUCUAUCAUACAGGAUGAUUUCUCAUCCGCUUUCGAUCAUGCACCCUCUUAUGCGGAAAGUUUGUUGCGUUUUCGAGCUCUGGAUUCAUGGAACAUUCCACAGAAAGUUCUAUUCUACGUCACUCUCUCGUUCAGAAUUUUCUUUUUAUUCCCUGUUCGUUUGAGUCUUUUCAUUUUUUCUUUCGUUUUUGUUGCCGUUUGUGCCUUAUUGACUAUGGUUAAGGAUUUGUCCGAACGCGAGCGACGCUGGGUUUCCAUUCUGUACUGUCGCAUAUUUUCUGCCAGCCUUGGAGUUGUUGCAACUUACGAUAAAAAAGAAAACGCUCCUCGUAGACCAGGGCUGGUUGUUGCUAAUCAUAUAACUCCAAAUGAUGUUCAAAUCAUUUGGGCUGGUGCUGAUCAUGAGAACUCAGAUGGGUAUAUCGUAACUGGUCAAAAGCACAAGGGCAUUAUAGGCUCCCUGGAAAUGUUGACUAGUAGAAUAUGUCCAUCAUUGUGGCUGGAGAGAGCUAGUGCUCAAGAGAGAACUGAUUUUCUAAAUGGAGUUCUCACGUUAGCAAAGACCAGUGGACCUAUUCUGCUUUUCCCAGAGGGAUAUUGCUCCAAUAAUUCACAAGUUUUGCAAUUCAGGAAAGCUGCGUUCGUCGAAGGGAUUGAUAUUUAUCCAGUCGCCAUGAAACAGGAUGGAAGGUUUUCUGAUGCUUAUUGGUUUGAAGAUCAGUUUUACAUGUAUUUAUUGCGAUUGAUGAUGAGUUGGGCGACGGUGUAUGAUGUGACUUAUUUGGAGAAAACUUGUAAAUACGAAGACGAGGAUAGCACUACUUUCGCUGCUAGAGUUCAAUCGUCCAUUGCUUAUGAAAUUUCGAAGCCUGUCGGUCAGUUUGAUGGAGGUUUCUGGUACAAAAAAUCUGAGCAAGAAAAAUUGAAGAACUCCCAGCAAGAAAAGUGUGCCAGCUCUAUGCUGAAGCAUCUUGAGAACGUUGCUCCCAAGGAGAGUUGUCGAAAAAGUAGCACAGCCAGUUCUAAAUCCUUCCUGCUCGUUGAUUUAGACUUGGAGAAUAUUCCAACGAUUUUAGCUCAUUAA